UUAGCCACCAGUCCUGUGUGCCUCUGGGCUUAGACAUACUGACAGGGAAAGUGAGAAAGGGACGAGAGAGGGGAAAAUUGAGAGAGAACAGGAAAGAGGGGAGGCAGAAAGACAGGAAAACCCAUCAGAAGUAAAGAGAGACAAGAACUGACAGAAGAAGAGAAGGGAGAAGGAGGGAGUAAAAGACAGACUGAACUGAGUAUCAGUCCCUCUUCUUCUCCUUGAAAUCAUGGCCGUGAACAACACAAAUCUCUUUCUGGAAAUACUUCAGUCGUUUGAUGCUGUCCCUCUGAUCAUAGCUUUCUGUGUGUCCAUCGCGGUGGGCCUGGUCUUGGGGGCUUUGGUUUACGUGAUUUUGACCUGGAUGUCCCGACGCAAAGCAGGCUCUGCCAGCAUCACCCGCCGUCUUCCCCGCCAAUCACGCAUGUCUUCCCGCAACCGCCCAGGCUUUAACCGCAACAGCAGCUACGACCGGCGCAGCAACAACAGUUUGGUCAGUGCUGCUUUCAGCUUCCACCGCCAGACUUCCUCCCCAGAUCACCUCGAUCCACUGGGGCACAAAUCCAGCUUCAGGGCCUCCACCUUCCACCCUCUGCUCCAGUGCAGCCAAAUUGCGAGAGAGGCAGAGGAAGGGAGCCAGACCACGCUUCCUCGUACGCCGACUCUGACCACGUCAACUGGAUCAGCUCAAACAGAAGCCCGGCCAGCUGCCACCCCACCCAGACCUGAGUCAUUUUGGGGGAACAAUGGCCUGAGGGGUUCCCAUGCUACACAGACCCCACCUCCAGCUUAUGAGAGCAUUAUUAGAGCAUAUCAGGAAACACGCACCUGAGGAGUGAGACAA